CUUCAGAAAUUAGUGAGAAGACCUCGGACCUCGGGUGAGACAGGAGAAAUGGGAAGUUCCCUGUGUGUCUCCAUUUUCUUGGUUUUGAGCAUCUUUAUUCAAUCAAGUGCCCAUGGACAAAGCCUAGGACUAGAGCCAUUUCGAAGAAGAUCUCGAGAUGUUGAAACUAAGAAAACGCUACAAAAGACGGAGACCAAAUUCCUUCUCUUUGAAAGGGAAUCCGAUAAGGGCUGUCAGAUUCAGCUCCAUCAGCCAGACACGUUACAAGAGUGUGGCUUCAACUCCUCUCUGCCGUUGGUGAUGUUAAUCCACGGGUGGUCGAUGGAUGGCUUGUUGGAAGACUGGAUCUGGACUAUGGCGGAUGCACUGAAGUCUCAGCUAGCCCAGCCAGUGAAUGUGGGGCUGGCAGACUGGCUCACCCUGGCCCAAAACCACUAUGCCAUUGCUGUCCGCAAUACCCGCCUCGUGGGCCAGGAGGUCGCAGCUCUUCUCCAGUGGCUGGAGGAAUCUGCUCAAUUUUCUCGAAGCAAUGUUCAUCUAAUUGGGUACAGCCUGGGUGCACACGUCUCAGGAUUUGCUGGCAGUUUCAUCGGCGGAAAGCAAAAGAUUGGGAGAAUUACAGGGCUAGAUGCUGCAGGCCCUUUGUUUGAAGGAACUUCCCCCAGCGACCGUCUUUCACCAGAUGACGCCAAUUUUGUGGACUCCAUUCACACCUUUACCCGGGAGCACAUGGGCCUGAGUGUGGGCAUCAAACAACCCAUAGCACACUAUGACUUCUACCCCAAUGGAGGCGCCUACCAGCCUGGCUGCCACCUCCUAGAGCUCUACAAAUAUAUUGCCAAGCAUGGCCUAAAUGCCAUCACCCAGACCAUAAAAUGCGCCCACGAGCGGUCGGUGCACCUCUUCAUCGACUCUUUGCAGCAGGCUGACUUGCAGAACACGGGCUACAUGUGCAGCGACAUGGACACCUUCAGCCAGGGCCUGUGCCUGAGCUGCAAGAAGGGACGCUGCAACACGCUGGGCUACCACAUCCGCCAGGAGUGGCACAGCAAGAAGAGCAAGAAGCUCUUCCUGGUGACGCGAGCCCAGUCCCCAUUCAAAGUUUAUCAUUACCAGUUCAAGAUCCAGUUCCUCAACCAAAUGGAGAAACCAGUAGAACCAACUUUUUCCAUGUCGCUCCUAGGAACGAAAGAUGAAGUACAGAAAAUCCCCAUCACUCUGGGCGAAGGAAUUACUAGUAAUAAAACCUAUUCCCUUCUCAUCACAUUGGAUAUUGACAUUGGUGAGCUGGUCAUGAUCAAGUUCAAGUGGGAAAACAGCGCAGUAUGGGCCAACGUCUGGAACACAGUCCAAACCAUCAUCCCAUGGGGCAGAGGACCCCUCUACUCAGGCCUUAUUCUAAAGAGCAUCAGAGUCAAAGCAGCAGAAACUCAGCAAAGAAUAACAUUUUGCUUAGAAAACAUGGAUGACCUACAACUUCACCCAACCCAGGAGAAAACUUUUGUGAGAUGUGGCAUAAACUCUAAAAAACUGAAGCAAAAGGUCAGAUGAGCUUUAAUGAAGACCCAGUGUAAAGAAUAAAUGAUCUUCUUUCUUAUUUGGAAUAGUUGCCUUAUUUGGAAACCAAAGUUAUAUAAAGAAUUUUGCAUAAAAUUUAAUAAAGUUUAAAUUUAAAGGGGAAGUAUGUUUCACUAUUAUAAACUAAGCUUUUAAGAACUAUAUUAUGUAACUUUAUUCAAAUAUUAGUGUAACUAAAAAUUUCCCAAUUUUAUCUCUGACUAAAUGGUAAUAUAGGAAAAUAAGUAUAAAUGUAAGAGCCAUUUUAGAUCUGUUGUUCCAAUUUAAAAUGCCUUUUCCAAUUAAGUCAAAUUACCCAUAUUUCUUUGCUAGUUUAUUCUGAUCAGUUCUUUGAACCAUGCUGGAAAGGUACUUCUUCAUUACAAAACUGGUGCUUCAAUAAAGUGAAAUUCCAAUUAAUCACGA